AUGAGCAACAUCUAUAUCCUAGAGUUUAACAUCUUCCGAGCGGAGUUAGUGCAUAAAGAAUUCAGGAAGAGCCAUCCUGUCAACCCGGUACUUGCUCACAGCUCGAAUUUCAAGUUUGACCAUGUGCAGCAAUCGGGCAACCAAGCGGCUUUCAUUCUUGUACAAAUGGUUGACGCCACCCAAAUAGAGUGUGAGAUAUUGGACUCCAUUCGCCCAACAAUAACCGAGCUGGUCGGUAUUUGGGACUACGUGGGUUACGAUGAAGCUGAGCGCAAUGAUCGUUUACAGGCAACCAUUCAACAGCUUCGUUCGCUUCUUGAGGAGGUGAUUCGAAACGAGAACACUAUUCGACUCGAGAUAGAGCACGAGAUUGAACACAAAAGGCGCGCUGUGGCAGAGCUCUGUCAACAGCUACGCAUUCCUUCCUAUUUACCGGACCGAGGAUUCUCAUCUAAUGUUUUAUUAAAGAAGUUGCAAGAAAAGUACAGCGAGCUGGGUUCAUUGAGACGUACACGAUGCGAAGAGUACACUCGAUUACGGACCCGCAUUGUACAGAUGAGUAUACUACUCAAGGAACCUCCUGAUAUUCGUGCUCGAAGGCUCGAGAAAAUCCCUCCUCUUAGCACUAGUGGAGAAAAUGGUGAUGGACCGCUUGUUCCCGGCACACAGAGCAAUGACCAUCAUAACUUGCCAGAUCGUGUACCAGAUGAACGAGAACUUAAAAGUUUGAACGAAAUCUUCACAGAGCUCAACGAGGUUUAUGCUCCUUUGGCUGCCCAACACGAUGCGUUGCUUGAGGACAUAGCGCGUAUUUCAGCCGAUAUUGCUUACGAACCACAAACCGAUCGGGAGGCAGAGGUGUUGAAAUCUGUGGGGCUAGCGACGCUGUGCGUCAAACCCACGCCUGCGUCAACUCCAGGAGUGGUGCGCAAGGUUACUGAGGCGGAAAACACAGUCAACGGUGUGGACAAGCUAGAGAGCCCCCACAAGAAGUCCAACGGGUCUUAUGAACCUGCGGUGGAUUCCGAUACACUACAAUGGUUAACCAGCUGGCGUCUGAAACUGGUGAAAGAGAAAGCCCGUCUGGUUGGCACUUGUGAAGAAUUGCGAUCACACCUGUCUGUUAUGUGGCGUCGUCUGGAUAAACCUAUGGCCGAGCAAACCGCCAUUUUGGAAAAGUACUCCGGGUACAAACCGGAAACACUGGAGGCACUACAGGAGGAGGUUGAUCGGUGUCAACAAGUUAAAUGGGAAAAACUUGACAUUUAUCUCAGUAGACUAGCCACAGAAGCUGCAAGGCUAGCUCGGCUCUGCUGUAUGAGCGAAGAUGUGGUACAACUUCCACCUGGCCGUGACCCCAAUGAUCCAGAAGUGGCGGCCAAUCACUUAGAGACUGUGGUAGAGCAGCUAAACCAAACCUAUGAGAUGCACAAAUCGAUCUUUGAUAGCAUAGCUUUGUAUGAAGAGCAGUGGCAGUCUCUGGCUGAGGUGGAAUUGCGACUGAAGGACCCAGCAAUCUUCUCUAAUCGUGGUGGCAUUUUAUUGAAGACAGAGAAAGAGAAGAAGAGGUUGCUUAAAGAGGUUCAACGUACAGAACAAGAGGCACUGUCCGCCAUUGAACAAUAUGAAUUAAAAACCAAGAAAAAGUUUACAUUAUCCGACGGUCGUUCUUUUAAAGAUUAUGUACAGGACCGCGCGUCAAAUAAUAGGCCGACGAGGGAAUCAUCGCGAGUUCGAAAAUCAACCGUCACCUCGAAUUCCAGACCGAAUUCGGUAAAUUUGUCUGGCCCGCCAGGUGCACCCGUGUGA